UAUCAACCAAGACUGGUCGCAAAGCUUCGCCGCAACAUGUCCAACGCCAACCAGCCAUCGACGGGCGUCCGAGGCGGCGCCAGCGCCAUCCCGACGCCCGCCAACAAUGCCGACCUGCAGGGAGGCGCCAGUAGCGGCGUGCGCAAUCAGGGCGCCGGUCAUGUCGGAAUUGGAGCCCCCAUGGAAACCGAAGGAGGCUUCCUCAGCCUCAACCAGCAGAAAGGCCUGGCGGAGAAUCACUACGGAGAGCGCGCGGGUCUGAUGGAUCCCAACGCGGCGGAAGACCGAAGUUUCGCGCAGAAGAAACCCGGCGCUCAGGAUACGUUGCCCGGCUGGGAGAAGGCCAAAGACGUGGUGGGGAAUCUUCUGCCCUGAUUAACUGUAUCGAUCGAAACGAGAUCGAUGCGGGUUCACUAUAAAUUUGAUUUACCCCAUCCUGUGCACUUAUGACGGUUUUUGAUAAUUGUUGAUGAUAUAAAAGACAUAACGAAUGCAUAAAAAAGAUUUCUGUAC